CGCGUUGACGUCAGUGAAGUUAUGAACAAUCUCGCGCGUUCUGAGCUAAACUUGGCGCCACGGACACAGGAGAAAGGAGUAGUGUCGUAUUUAGCUAGCGGAUAUAUCUAGACACAGAUUUACGUGUUUGCAAAAGCUAUACACAAAUAAAUCAUAUUUCAGUGUAAAAUAUGAGUGUGAAGCUUACAGAAGGAGCCAUUGAGGCUUUCACAAAAGGGUCAGUGGUACCCAAUCCAAUGCUGCAAGUGGUGAACAUCCGUAAAAUUGACGGGGGCACCGGGCCCGCCAGGUAUCGGCUGAUGAUGAGCGACGGGCUGUACACCAUGUCCUCCUUCAUGCUGUCCACGCAGUUGAACUCCUUGGCUGAACAGGACGUUAUGGCCCCCAACUGCAUCUGCUUGGUGAAGAAGAACGUGACCAACACGCUGAAGGACGGGAGACGGGUGGUGAUCAUUUUGGACAUGGAGGUUGUGAAGUCGGCGGAGGAAGUGGGCGGGAAGAUCGGUGAGCCCACCCCUUAUGUGGAAGGCCAGACGAAGACCACGGCGCCCCCUGCCCCCGCCGCCCAACCCCUGCAGCCCCGCAACGUGCCCACGUCCCCUGGCAACAGAGGUUCCGGCAGGGAUUUUGGGAAGAAAGCCUUGUCAAACGUCCCCAACACACCAGGAGGAUCCUCAAAGGUUGUCCCCAUUGCCAGUCUGAACCCCUAUCAGUCAAAGUGGACCAUCCGUGCCCGCGUCACCAACAAGGGCGGCAUUCGCACCUGGAGCAACUCCCGCGGCGACGGCAAGCUGUUCUCCAUGGAGAUCGUGGACGACAGCGGUGAGAUCAGAGUGACUGCUUUUAACCAGGAAGUGGACAAAUUCUUCACCCUCAUCGAGACGGGCAAGGUGUACUACAUCUCUAAAGGCACCCUUAAGAUCGCCAACAAGCAGUACUCGUCCGUCAAGAACGACUACGAGAUGACCAUGAACGGCGAGACCACCUUCAUCCCCUGCGACGACUGCCAGGACGUUCCCAUGGUGCAGUGCGACUUCGUCUCCAUCGCCGACCUCGAGACCCGCGAGAAGGACGCCAUCCUCGACGUGAUCGGCGUGUGCAAGAGCGUGGAGGAGGUCUCCCGGAUCACCACCAAGAACAACCGCGAGGUCUCCAAGAGGGCCAUCAGCCUCAUGGACGCCUCCGGCAAGAUGGUGGCGGUCACACUGUGGGGAGACGAGGCGGAGAAGUUUGACGGGUCGGGGCAGCCGAUCCUGGCCAUUAAAGGGGCGCGGCUGUCUGACUUCGGGGGGCGGUCCCUCUCUGCUCUCUUCAGCAGCACCGUGAUGAUCAACCCAGACAUCCCUGAGGCCUACAAGCUGCGAGGCUGGUACGAUAAGGAGGGCCACGCCCUGGAAGCCCAGUCGAUGACGGAGCUGAAGGGCGGCGGAGGAGGCGGAGGGAACACCAACUGGAAAAUGCUCAGCGACGUCAAGACUGAGCACCUGGGGCACGGAGAGAAGGCCGAUUACUUCAGCUGCGUAGCCAACAUCGUGUACCUGCGCAAGGAGAACUGCCUGUACCAGGCCUGCCCCACGCAGGACUGCAACAAGAAGGUGGUGGACCAGCACAACGGCAUGUUCCGCUGCGAGAAGUGCGACCGCGAGUUCCCCAACUUCAAAUACCGCCUCAUCCUGUCUGCCAACAUCGCUGACUGCGGGGAUAACCAGUGGGUGACCUGCUUCCAGGAGAGCGCAGAGGCCAUCCUGGGACACGACGCAGAUUACCUGGGCAAGCUGAAGGAGUCGAGUGAAACCUCCUUCGAAGAAGUCUUCCAGCAAGCCAACUUCAAGAUGUACAACUUCCGCAUCCGAGUCAAGCUGGAAACCUACAACGACGAGUCCCGGAUCAAAGGCACGGUGAUGGACGUCCAGCCCGUGGACCACCUCGAGUACAGCAAGCGCCUCAUCGCCAACAUAAGGAAGCUGGAGGCGCAGUAGGGGGCGGUCCGCCGCUUCCGGGACCUUCCGUCGAGCCCGAGGCGGGCCCACAGACGCAACGCAGCGCUUCGCACCGUGCCCCCUCUGCGGCGUAUUUCAGUCCGAUGUGUUUACUCUAUUAUUAUUUUUUCUUCCUCCCCCCCCCCCCCCAUACUCCUUCCCGGUGAUUUAGAAAUGUGCGCUUUGUUCCGUGUAUUUAUGUAUUUUCUUUUAUGUGAGGAUUCAUGUGUUUUUGCCCUUGGUCACGCGGGCCUGUGAUAUGGUGGAAUGGGUUGGCGGCAGAGAGAUGGGGCUGUAGCGUGCGUACGAGGGGGAUUAUGUCUGAGGGGUUUGAGUUUUGUUAGCAGUGCCUCGGCGCACCGCCCGCGUUCCUCUCCACAGCGAUUACGCCACCUCAUCUGCUCUUUCUCUUCUUCUUCCUCCUCCUCUCCAGCACUUUGACGCAGCGAAUGUGUUUUUGCAACAGUAUUCGUUUGAGACAAAUUUCACAGGAAAUUGGUUGCAACUUCCAGAGGAAAGUACUAUUAGUAGCUCUCCUGUUGUUAGUGCAUCACUGUGAAGUUGUACCUGUAUUGUAAGCAUGGUAUCUGUCUUAGCAUGUUGCUGGCUCUAUUUCCUUCUUGAUGCUAUGGCGGGCCUCUCCUCCCUUAGACACACCCCUCUCAUUCAGCUGUAUUAGGACACACUUGUCUCUCUACCGUAACCCCUUUUGCAAACUCACCUGAAUAGUUUUUUUUAUGUACUUUAGAUACAUUCAAAUAUUGUUUUCUGUUCAUCAUCCUCUAUUGUAGACUUGUUUAACAAAAAUGUGUAAUAAUAAUAAAUAACAGUUUACAAAAUGCCAAA